UACGUGUCCUGGAUGACCUGCGUUGAGACGUGAGCUACAGGACCGCUGGCCUGAGGUCGGUGUUGGUGAAUCAACAGCAUGUGUGAAACUAGGUGUCUUUAAACAGAAACACGCAAGGAUACACAUCUAUUUCUGGGCUGACAAAAAUAUUGUAACCAGAUACUGGCAGGAACCUGAUGCAUGUUUCCUAUGGGCGACAUGGUUCAGUCGUUGCUGACUCCUUGUCCACAGCAACUUUGUAGCACGUUACUGUGAACAAGGAGAAUCGGCAAUAGUGUUUAUGCAGCUACUGCUUAGAACUUUGACAAAAGGGGAGGCAUGUUUUGCACUGACCUACUCAGAAUUGACAGUGCCUGGGGAUAAUGAAAAGUAUGCAAACUUUUAGGUGGUUUUCUCGUUUCUAAAUCUCUGCAGACUGCACCGCCAACAGCUCCUUCUGCACCAUCAUGGCUUUGAAGUGACAUCUUCAAAGUGAAUUCAAGGAGGAACACAGGCACAGAGCAAAAGGGUCUUGUUUUUCCAGAAUCCAGGUGGUGAGGGGUGGGGCUAGGCUGAGGCAGGGGUUCAGGCGAGGGUGAAUUUGCACACAUGUGUUGAAAACAGCCCAUCCCCCACCGAUUCCCAUCCCUGCAGCCUUGGUGCUGGCUCACUCUGAAGGCCACCCCUACAGGCCCGGCCAGCUCUGCGACUGGUGCCACCACGCCCCACGGAGGUCCCUGUUCCCCAUGGUCACAGCACAUGGGGUUCCCAACCCUAAUAAAGGCAGGCGUGUAAAGGGUUUGAGUGACUGCCUGGGCACCCCUGCACGACUGAAGGACCUUGGUGGUCCCUUGGGUGCCCUGAACCAUGUGGCCCAUAGGAUGAGGUUGUGCCCAGCCCCAAGUUGGCACCUCAGCUCAUCCCUGCCUGCAGUCCCAGCCUGUUGCAACGACCACAUGGAGGGCCAGGUGUAGGGGGAGGAGAGUACGGCACUCCCCUUGGUGUCAAACGUCAGGGGACACCACAGAACGCAGUCCUCAGGAUAAACCAUGUCUUAAUGCAAUGUUUCAAAAACUCGAAUGCAAAAAAUCUGCGGUGAAUAAAAUAUCAAAACUUUAAACAAAGACAGAAUCAGUGCUGCUGCCCUUUCCUUCUGUCUCAAGGUCUUGUGUGGCUCUGCCUAGCCCCGACGACGCCUGGCCCUGUGGGACCCUCUCCACGGAGGCCCCAGCCAGCUUCCUCCCAUUCCCUAUGCCCAGGAGCAGGCAGCCAGUGCUGCGUGAGGCCACCCACCGCCCUGCCCACAGCCCCACCACUGCUCUCCCACAUUGAACCCCGGCCGGGCAGGCGGCUCGCGUCGAAGCCCCCUCCCCUUCCUCCACUCUGAGUGACCCGGGCAAGGAGCUUCAACUCUCCAAGCCCCAGUCUCCUGGUCUACAAAGUGGGGGAAUGUUGGGACCUACAUCCCCUAUAGGGCGGCUGCGAGGAAACCCGCAGAGCACUGCCUGGCACAGGCCUGGGCGGGGAAGGCACCCUCUGCUCCCUGCGGUGGGAUUAUCUGCACCCUAAUUUGGCCUUUAUUUCCUGAAACUCUGGGGAAUCACUCCUUGAAUUUGUAAACCUGCAGGACAAAGGAUGGCAUUUCCAGAUUUUUCAGGGCCCUUUACCACCCGGCUGGUGCUCUGCCCGGAGCAGGUGCUCAGAAACACAGGUGGAAAGAUUUGAUACCCAGUACUGCUAGUCAGGGAGGAGACAUGGGAGGGAGGCUCUGAAAUUCCCACUUUGACGCCGAUUCCUUUUUAGAUGUGUCAGAUACGAUCUUACUUAAAUACCGGGGAAGUCUGCUCUUUCCUGACCAAGUCCAGGGGCUGGAGAUAAAUUUGCAAAGAUCCCUGAGUGUUUUGAGGAUGCAUUCAUUCCACAAACGCGAAGCAGAUGUGGUUCGAAGCUGUGCUUCUGGGGCCUGGGGAGGCACAAAGGCGUAUAUAGGGAGGGCCGGCGUCCCAGCUCCUCACUGCGCUGCCCAGAGGCCUCUGCCCUGACUGCCCUCCAGCCCUGGUCCCUGCAGCCGACGCCCAACAUGGACAUCGCUAUCCAGCACCCCUGGUUCAAACGCGCCCUGGGCCCCUUCUACCCCAGCCGGCUCUUCGACCAGUUUUUCGGCGAGGGCCUCUUUGAGUAUGACCUGCUGCCCUUCCUGUCCUCCACCAUCAGCCCCUACUACCGCCAGUCCCUCUUCCGCACCGUGCUGGACUCCGGCAUCUCUGAGGUCCGGUCUGACCGGGACAAGUUCGUCAUCUUCCUGGAUGUGAAGCACUUCUCUCCCGAGGACCUCACCGUGAAGGUGCAGGAGGAUUUUGUGGAGAUCCACGGCAAACACAACGAGAGGCAGGACGACCAUGGCUACAUUUCCCGUGAGUUCCACCGUCGCUACCGCCUGCCUUCCAAUGUGGACCAGACGGCGCUCUCCUGUUCCGUGUCCGCGGAUGGCAUGCUCACCUUCUCUGGCCCCAAGAUCCCGUCCGGCAUGGACGCCGGCCACAGCGAGCGAGCCAUCCCCGUGUCUCGGGAGGAGAAGCCCGGCUCUGCACCCUCGUCUUAAGCUCGGCCUCAGCCUCGGCUGCCACUCGCUGCUGCCCCUGCCACCCGCCCAUCCGGGAGACCCCAGAAAGUGGGGCAUCUGUCUUCCUUUGCUUUCUUCUUUUUCAUUUCCUUUUCCUCUUCUCUGAGGGAACGAGGGUUUGAUGGAGUAGCCAGAGAUCCCGGGGCCUCUGCCUGAGAUGCUUUGCCCUCAGGGUGACCUGGGUCCCAACACCAGCCAGUUGUGGAAGUGAUGGCCAUCCCAGUUUCUUUAGACCACAGCCCCGUCCUCCCGGGGGAUGCAGGCUGGUCUUGGUUCUACUGAGGGGUCAGAAGAAGAAUGCCCCCUCACUGAGCAUCUCUGGACGAGCCCUGGGUCUCCAGGGCCAGCCAGGGGCAUCCUGACCCUUGGCGGCGGGCGCCUGCCUUGAGGCUGCGCAGAGCACCCCGCCUACAUUCCCCGGGCUCCGUGAGGUCCAUCUGGCAGAGGCUCCGUGCGUGCACCUGGGUCUCGGCAGCCCGCUUCUCUCAGACCACCUUCCCUCCCACUUCCUCCGUGUAGUAAUGCUCUUGGGGUAUCUGGUCACCCAGGAGAAUGCAGC